UUUAAUGGGACGCGGCGCUGAAAUUCAGUCCUGGAGAAUUUGUUUUUAUUUGGGGAAGAGGAGGGCCACAGCGGGGAUCGGUCGUCAGUCUGAAAGGAAUCCACCUUCCAAAAGCCAGGACUGCUUUCCCCUUUUUGACCAGCCCAAAAAAAAGGAAGAAACCCGUGUCCUUUCAAAGAAGAGGGGAAAAGAAAAAAGUUAGGAGGAACUUGGAUGAAGUUUUGUUUUGGGGAGGGGUGAGAGAGAGAGAGAGAGAGAAAGGUGCAGUUGUGGGCAUCCUAAGUCAGACAGGCCUGCGAGAGAGGGGGAGGCUAACGUUUCACUGCUCGUCCUCUGCAUGAAGUGCAGCGAAGCGCCGAUGCCCAGGCUAAAUGCGUGUCGGCUGCUGAUCCGCAUGCUGUUCUGAGAUCCGGAGUGAGGAACUGGAGGUGGAGGGUUGGGAGGCGAGAGACUGGCUGCUCCUGGGAGGAGGAGGAGGAGGAGUGGAGAAGGAGACAAUCUGCACUUUUGCGGCGGGACUCGAGGAUCUUACCUUGGCGUUUGUUGAAAAAGAAAGUGUAAAGGAAGAAGAGGAGCUCGGUGCUGGCUGAGAGAAUCUUUGUUUUUUUUUCCCUCCCCCUCAAAUAAAUAACCAAGCCUGGAGGGUGUGCGAUGGAGUGCUGCUACCUGCUGGAGCUGCUGCUGGUCGUGGCGUGGCUGCAGAGGUCGAGGGGAGCCUCGGCCGCCAAGGAGUUGUCCUGCCAGGAGAUCACCGUGCCCCUGUGCAAAGGCAUCGGCUACAACUACACCUACAUGCCCAACCAGUUCAACCACGACUCGCAGGACGAAGCGGGACUGGAGGUGCACCAGUUCUGGCCGCUGGUGGAGAUCCAGUGCUCGGCCGACCUGCGGUUCUUCCUGUGCAGCAUGUACACGCCGAUCUGCCUGGAGGACUAUAAGAAGCCGCUGCCGCCGUGCCGCAGCGUGUGCGAGCGGGCCAAGGCCGGCUGCGCGCCCCUCAUGCGGCAGUACGGCUUCGCCUGGCCGGACAGGAUGAAGUGCGAGCGGCUGCCCCGCCAGGGACAGGCCGAGACCCUGUGCAUGGACUACAACCGCACCGAGGCCACCACCGCGGCGCCGCUGUUCCCGCACCGGCCGCGGGCCCCGGGCGCCGCCGCUCCCCCGCCCGGAGCCAGCCGCCGGCCCCCCCCGGGCGCCGCCGGCCCGCCCCUGCUGCCGCUGCCGCCGCCGCUGCUCCCUCCCCGGCCGCCGGGCCGCUGCGAGCCCGCCUGCCAGUGCCGGGCGCCGAUGGUGCCGGUGCGCAGCGAGCGGCACCCGCUGUACAACCGGGUGCGGACGGGCGAGGCGGCCAACUGCGCGGUGCCGUGCCACGACCCGUACUUCACGGCGGACGAGCGCAGCUUCACCGCCUUCUGGCUCGGCCUGUGGUCGGUGCUGUGCUUCGUCUCCACCCUGGCCACGGUGGCCACCUUCCUGAUCGACAUGGAGCGCUUCCAGUACCCGGAGCGGCCCAUCAUCUUCCUGUCCGCCUGCUACCUGUUCGUGUCCGCCGGCUUCCUGGUGCGCCUGGUGGCCGGCCACGAGAGCGUGGCGUGCAGCCGCCCGGCGGCGCCCUCGGAGCCGCACGUCCACUACGAGACCACGGGGCCGGCCCUGUGCACCCUGGUCUUCCUGCUGGUCUACUUCUUCGGCAUGGCGAGCUCCAUCUGGUGGGUCAUCCUGUCCCUCACCUGGUUCCUGGCCGCCGGCAUGAAGUGGGGCAACGAGGCGAUCGCCGGCUACUCGCAGUACUUCCACCUGGCGGCCUGGCUGGUGCCCAGCGUCAAGUCCAUCGCGGUGCUGGCGCUCAGCUCGGUGGACGGCGACCCGGUGGCGGGCAUCUGCUACGUGGGCAACCAGAACCUGGACAACCUGCGCGGCUUCGUGCUGGCGCCGCUGGUCAUCUACCUGUUCAUCGGCACCAUGUUCCUGCUGGCCGGCUUCGUCUCGCUGUUCCGCAUCCGCAGCGUCAUCCUGAAGCAGGGCGGCACCAAGACCGACAAGCUGGAGAAGCUCAUGAUCCGCAUCGGCGUCUUCACCGUGCUCUACACCGUGCCCGCCACCAUCGUGGUCGCCUGCUACUUCUACGAGCAGCACAACCGCCCGCACUGGGAGCUCACCCACAACUGCUCCUGCCUGGGCGAGCAGGAGGCCCGCCGGCCGGACUACGCCGUCUUCAUGCUCAAGUACUUCAUGUGCCUGCUGGUCGGCAUCACCUCGGGCGUGUGGAUCUGGUCGGGCAAGACGCUGGAGUCCUGGAAGGCCUUCUGGACGCGCUGCUGCUGGGGCAGUAAAGGCACCGGCGGCUCCAUGUACAGCGACGCCAGCACCGGGCUCACCUGGAGAUCUGGCACCGCCAGCUCGGUGUCUUACCCCAAACAAGUGCCGUUAUCCCAAGUUUAACAUUCGGGAUGGUUCUCUCAACCCCGGCGUCUCGUUGAAAUGUCUGCGGACUUCUAAUGGUAUCCAUUAGUCAGAAGUGAAGGACUGACUGCAGCUAUGUACCUGGGGCGCUGAUACUCCUUGAAUCUUAACCGUUUGGGAUGCACACGCUGUCAGGAAUGUGAGAGGGAAAAGUCGUGUCCCUGACCAGGAACUUUUCAGCCGUUCGCGAUUUUAUCAUGCCAGGAGUCGGUUCUUCGUUUUUUUUUAAAUUGUUGACAUUAAUUCAAAUAGAGGAACGAAUGGAGUACUUGACACAGGUCGUAAUGGUUAUAAGCCUGGGUGCAUCAACCUGCCUUAAAAAUCCUGUUUUUUUAGUAUCCCCAAGUAAUACGGGUUUCUUGCAAAAUUGUAUUUAUAUAAUUAUUUGUACUAUGAACACAAAUCUGUAAAUUGUGUACAUAACAAAAGCGUUUUUUGAAGUAUAUUCAGAGUAUGUACAUUUUUUUGUAUAUAAAAAAAAGUUUAGUGGUUGCCUUGCAGGAGCACCAGAAUUAUUUGAAACAAUUAUUCUAUUUUGGCAAUAAAACAACUUUGAUUUUAA